AUGGUACGGGACCCCUCGAUCGUCUCGCCCUCCCUCACUGGGAGUUUUGUUGUAAAAUUCUUAGCUCCCUCGCACGUAAAAACUUUAGCUCCCCGGCCCUGGAUACUGUUGAACGCACUCCAAGUGCUCCAAGUCUUUGUGAGUGGCAACGCCGCCUUACAGCUGGCCGUCCGGGAAAACACGACAGACAUCUACCUGCAGCCCGGCGCGAACGUCAGGCUCAGCCAGUCUCUCGUCCUUGACGGAGUAGACGUCACCAUCCGUAGUUCAGGCAGCAUCACUGGCGCCACCAUCGACGGCACCGAUGCGCUGGACAGCCUCUUUAUCCUGAAAAACAAGGCAACGCUCUCGUUGGAAGGGCUCGUCUUGGCGAAUUGCCGGGCGGAAGCUGAUGGCGGUGCGGUCCGCAUGGAUGACUCCGACGCGAGCUUGCGUGACGUUCGCAUACAGGACUGCUACGCUGGGAACUCUGGCGGAGCCAUUUACGCCGCCAGAGGCAGCUUGCGACUGGAGUCGGUGGAGAUAACGCGCUGCAGCACUGAGACUGGUAUAGAAGGCGAGAACGCCCAGGGCUUGGGCGGGGCCAUCAGGAUUGUCAAGGUUCCCCAGGUGGAGCUGAGCGAGGUCAACAUUACCGGCUGCAGCGCAGUCAAGGGUGGGGCUCUGCACAUUGACGGUGGGACGGACAGCGAGACCACACUGAACCGGGUCCGUCUCGCAGACAGCACUGCGACCGAGGAAGGCGGCCUCGUUUACAUUUCGAGCGGGCGCUUGACGCUGGAGAACGGGACCCUUCUGGAGAGCGGAACGGCAAGCCAAGGGAGCUCGAUCGCAUUCAGCGGCGCGCCCGAGGUGUCCUACCGCCUGCCUUUGCCUCCCGGGCACUGGAUCCCGCACUCGAGAUGCGAGAUCUACCGGCAGCUUCCUGCCGACUGUGCGGACGACGUCUGCCGGGGUCUAUUCGACAAGUGCAAGACCGAGACGGACGCGCAGAACGACGAGUGCAAACAGUUCCCCGUCGCCUUUGUUCAGCCCUGCAAUUGGGAGGCGACGCCCGCGCUGCUUGGCGUAUCUCUGUACACGGUGCCGACCUCUGCCCUCGAUGUCGACCUGCCGUACGCCUGCGCCCCCGGCAUUCUAGGCUCGAGCCAUCCCGACGACCAGAGGUCGGCCUUCUGCGCCGGCCUCUGCCCCGUGGGCCAGCGGUGCCCCGAGGCCGCCACGACGGAGCCCCGCCCGUGCACCGAGGGCAACUUCUGCCCGGCGGGGACGAGCGUGCCUCGGCCGUGCCCCGAGGGCUCGUACUCGGCCGCGACGAACCUGACGAAGGAGGACGAGUGCACGCAGUGCCCGGUCGGCUCCACCUGCCCGGCGGGCAGCACCGUCCCCGACCCUUGCAACGACGGCACGACGACGUACGGCCAAGGGUCCACGGCGUGCGACGUGUGCGACGAGGACUUCUUCCUCGUCCUAGGGGAGACCCAGGCCUCCACCAAGGCGUGCAAGUCGUGCCCGGCCCCGCCUUCCUCUCCGCAGGGAGGCGUCGUGUCCUUCACCUGCGGAGUCGACACACGCAUCGGCGCACUCUACGUGCCGGGCAGAGGCUCGCUCAACGUGUCGAGCGGCUGGUGGCGCGCCUCGAACGCGUCGUCAACGCUGUUUGCGUGCAAGUGGAGCCCGUGCCGCGGCGGCGUCGACUCGUCGGAGGAUGGCAACGCGCUCUGCCACCCCUUCUACGAGGGCCCAAAGUGCGAGGUCUGCACCAACACGACCGACAACGGCAUCCGCUACUUCCUCAACUCGAAGGCGCGCUGCCAGGCGUGCGACCGGCCGGCGGAGUCGGUGAUGCUGCUCGUCGGUCUGCUCUUCACGGCGGGCGCUCUCGGCCUCGGCACCCUCAAGGUGAUCCGCAGCUCGUGGGUCCCUUCGGGCAAGGUGGCGCGUGCGCUCGUCCUUCUCGGGCGGCGCAUAGCGCUGCUGUGGAGGCAGACAGGGAUGCAGUGCAAGGCGAAGCAGCUCGUCACGCUCUUCCAGGUGGUGACGGUCGUGCCGGCCGUGUACGAGGUCGAGCUGCCGCCGCAGCUGAGCGAGUGGGCAAACCUCUUCAGUGCGGCCGAGAGCAUCGGGCUCGACCUCUUCCUCCCUCCCUCAUGCUACGGCUCCUACCUCACCCGCCUAAUCGCGUGGGGACUCUGGCCCUUCGGACUCAUCUUCCUCGCCAUCGUCGGCAGCUGCGCGGCGCAUGCGGCUCACCCGAGAGCGCUCUCGCUCCCUUCCCGCGCCAAGGGCCCCGCGGCGGGGAGGGCCGGGUCGCUGAUCGCUCUCGGCGUCGAGGCGUCGUCGCGGCCGCCUCCACCGUCGACUCCGCCGCUGCCCGCGGCGGCUCCGCGUCACACGGUGCUGGCGCGGGGUGCGGCAGCGAGGGCCGGGUCGGUGGUUGGGAUCGGAUUGGAGUGCCGCGCGCAGCCACCUCCUCCGACGGCGCCACCGCCUCCGUACAGCGCUGCGGUGGCGCCUCCGCCUCCGUACAGCGCGGUGGCAGGUGGGGCGGCGGCGAGGGCGGGAUCUGUGGUCGCCCUUGGAGUCGAGAGCGCCUCCAAGCCUCCUCCGCCUGCCCUGCUGCCCUCGGCGAGCAGCGGGCUCGAUCCGACCGGCCUGGUGCGGAGCGAGACGCUGCGCCAGGAGUACCUCGGCCGCACGCAGGCCGCAAGCCGCGUCCCCACUCUCCGCCUCGUGGCCAACGCGAUGGAGCCGCUCCUCACGCUGCGGCCGCAGCACGAGUGGCACGUCUUCCUCGACGUCGACGACCUGCGCGACGCGACGCGGCUCGAGGACUACGUCGACCAGAGUGCGGCGCUGCUCCUCUUCCUCUCGCGCGGCUUCUUCAAGUCGCGCAACUGCCUGCGCGAGGCGUCUGUGCAAGAGUGCCCCGUCGAGCUGCGUGGCUACGUCUUUGGCGCUGCCGCUGGCGGUGCAGGAGAGGACGCGCCCGCGACGAGCCCGCCUCGGACGCCAAUCACGUGGCACCGGUACACCGACUUCCAGCGCCUCUCCCUCAAGCUCAUCGCAGAGCAGAUCUUGCUCGCCUCGCCAGAGUUCUGUGAGCUCUCCAUCGACACCCUCCGCUUCGCGCGCCCGGUCACGCUGCACACCAGCGCGCACAACCCGGGCGCGAGGGAGUUUGUCGACGCGCUCGCGGGCAGCAUCGAGGGCGUCGUCGCGGCGGACGCGCCUCCGCUCGGGCGGGGGCGGUCCCGCGGCGCCCUUGCGCGGCAGCUCUCGCGGCGGCGGAGCUUCCCCACCGCAGGGGCGAGCGCGCCGUCGCUCGGCCGGCAGCUGUCGCGCGCCCUCACGAGGGAGGGCCUCUCGCAGAGCGUGUUUGUGCUCUACCUCAACAGCGCCACCUUUGUGGGCGACGCCGGCCUCGCCCUCGCCGCCGAGGCGUGCGGCAGAACAGUGCGCACGUGGCGCGCGGGCAAGGUGCAGCUCCUGCUGGUGCACGAGAGCGACCCGGCGCACGGAGGCUGCGACUUUGAGAACUUCUAUGCCACCACACCGGAGGACCUCGUCGCUGGAGGCCUCUACUCCGCACCGGCCGUCGAGCUCUACCCGCCGCCGCACCGCGACGUCUCCCUCGCGCUCGUGGCCAAGACGCUCGGCGCCGUGCGGCGCACCCUCGCCGCGCGCCUCUCUCUCGACCGCCUCUCCGCCCUCUCGACGGUCGAGACGGCGCGCUCCUCCGUGGCGCGGCUGUCCCUGGCGGGCCGACAUGCGGAGAAGGGGCGCGCCCGUCGCGCGGCCAGGCCCCUCGCGCGCGUGUCGGUGCGAGGCGUCGGCAACGCGCGCUCGUCGGCGGGCGACUGGGAGCCACGCGGCGGCGCCCCGCGGCUCGGCCGCUCGGACAGCAGCCUCUCCUGGUGGGGCGAGAGCGACACGGAGAGCGGGCGGCGAAGCGAGGGCGGGGCAGAGAGCCGCGUGUGACGCGCCGGGUCGCCGGCACAUGGACACGGCAGCGAGGCUUUCGACUUCGCCUGUGCUGCCAGCAGCCAGGGCGUGCGGAAAGUAACCGCUGCAAUGGAAUUCCAUUUUGACGCCAGUACGUACAUGCUGUACAGUUCAGGUCUUGUGUGUUGUCUUUGCAUGUGUGUGGGGGCACCCCGCCUGCGCGCCCUGGGGCCGCCCGUGUCGCAAAUCCGUACAGAGUACAGUUGAGCAUGAGCAUGAAUCGUGAAUGAGAAUGGUGUGCA